AGGGUUACAGACACCGGUCCCAGUUUCCACUAACUCAGACUGCAGAUCGAAAGUUGUCGGGUGCCUGGAGCAGCUUGAGUUUCACAGCAUUGCAUGAAACAGGAACCCAAAAGGCUCCUCCGAACCUCAAGAACAGUCAUCAUGAAAUUGGUCAGCUUCUUGAUCCUGGGACUCUGUGGGAAUCUGAGCGAGUCCCACCUGAUGGAGAGGAUUCAGGUCUGUGAACCGCAUUGCGCCCAGGGACUCCCCUGCAGAGAGAAGCCUUACUCAUUCUUUGAUCCCUGCAGAGAAACACCAGCGUCUCUUCAAAGUUCCAUUUUCCGCGAGGCCAACAUCUCGACAGUGAUGAAAUGUGAACAGAAGCAGCGAUGUUCCCUGCACCUCAGAGUCCACAGUGCCAUGCAGAUCAGUGACGGUGUUCGAGGCAUGUCGUUCUGCGUGACGUCCGUGGGGAUGCUGCAGUCCUGCACGGAGCUGAUAUUCCCCAGGUCAGACAGGAAGAAGCUGGCCGGACAGCAGGUGCAGAUUCAGAGUGGCUGCUACAGGGUGCUGCCGGGCCAGCAGGUCGAGGUUACUCUGAAAACGGUGCCCAACUACUGUGAGCUGACCUGGUCCAGAAGAUACCAUGUUCAAGAUUGUAAUGAUGUGGACCUGAGGAACAACGUCCCAGAAUGCAUCACUGGAAAAAUCGCGUACACAGUGGACACGGACAGGAAGGAGCUGUCCGUGAUGGUCACGGGGAUGCUGGAGAAUGAAGACUACAACCUCCGGCUGUGUCACCAGGGUUUCGCCUGCAGAGGAGCCGGCCCCCACGUGCUGCUGAAAAAGGAGAACCCUAUUAAAAACGCCACAUUCCGGUACAGCAGACCUUUACCCUGUCUAUGUAUCGAGGGAUGGUCACGUGUCACAGAUGCUCCCAGAGUCCAAGUCUGCCCGUUCAGAAACCGUACGGAGGAGCUCUGGUCUGGUGUGACCUUUGACCCUGAGGGGGAGAUUUUGUCGUGGGAGUCCUUGUGCGCUGUGGAGGCAGUGGUGACCUUGUGCCACACACUGGACGGGCACCCCUGCGUGGAUCUGAUCAACUCCACGCAGGUCGUGAACAGAAACAAGGUAGCCUACACCCGAGUGGACCCAAAUCCACAGCUCUGCAUGAAGUUCACCACCAGAGAAGGAUCUUGGAUUAAAUGCCCCUUUGCUGAUGGAAAGAUAACAGCCUGGAACCUGGAGGUGACAGCGGGUUGGCACCAGGCCAUCCUAACUUCCCGGAUGAGGGCUGAGCUUUCCCUCAGCCUCUGUGGGACGGACCCCCUCUUCCCGUGCAGCAUGCUAGCGUCUGUUGCUGUGGGGGAGCCAGAGCGAGCAGUUGUCAACCUCACUUUGGACACAGAUAUCUGCAAUGGCUCCGUCUGUAUCCAGGUGAGGAGGGUCGACACCCAUUUCUCAGUGCCCGUCAUACGGUGCCACAUCCAGUGUGUAGGUGCUGGGUCAGUCCGGAUGAGGGCUAACCAUUGGAAGGUGGAGCAGACACUGGUCCUUGCUCUCUUAUGUUUUUCAGCAGCAGUGUUGGCUGGCCUCGCAGCUAACGUCAUGCUAACAGUGUUUCAGAGGUGCCGCAUGGGGGAGGCGUCCGGCUCAGAUCCGGCAUUCCCGAAAGGGCCGGAACUCUUUUCGAAGGUGAAGCCCCUUCCCAACAGUGAAGAUGGAGCUGACCCUAACAUCCCCCACCCAGUCGGGGUCUUGGAGAAGCUGCUUGCCAGUCUGAGUCUGUCUAGGAAAAUGGCUGAUACAGAUGGGCAGGUGAAGGAAUCACGAGACAUCGCUAUCCUCCACCUGCCAGUAGGGUGCGAGAGAGAGCUUGACAGACUCCUCAAGGCCACGGGGGGACAGUCUCACCCACAACAGAAUGGCAUGACCCUUGUGCUGAUAAACUGUGACCUCAGAGCUGGGGAUCCACCACCCUUCCACCUUUAAUCACGGGCAGAUCAAUUCCCAUGUCACCAGGAAAAACAUAAGCAUUCCGCUAAUAGUAAGAACUGGAACGUAAGAUUGCACAUAAUGAAAAAACAGCCAUUUCAAGUUACUAUGUGAUAUUUUAUCUGUAUCAUCAACAUUUUAUACAUUGUAUUGGUAUCAUGUUAGUUAAGCUUGCUUAUGUUCUUGGUAUUUAAACUUUACUAUUGGGGCCCGAUUCCGCUUUAGCCUUAGAAACACCCAGCGAGAGACAGCAGUUCCACAGAAUCAGUUACACCUGCGUCACCCACUGCUCUGAGCGAAUUAACAGAGGCCCUAAAUGACUUUACAGGAUGGUGGGAAGCAUUGUGCAUGCAUGUGUGUGUGUGUGUGUGUGUGUGUGUGUGUGUG